GGAUUGCUAUGUGUAUAUAAAAGUUGGAAAGGCAUGGACAUCGUGAUGGGAGUUCAGUCCCCCUCAAUUCUCAGUUCCGAACACAUCAAGGUUGCUGUGUUCCUCCUGCUUCUUGUGAUCAGCUCUAACUCCACCUCCUGGUAGGAUGCUUUCAAAGUCAAUGUUAAAGGUAAUGGGGCACCUGGAUCCUUCUUACCUUACUAUCCACUCUCUCACCGAGUGAAUGAAACCAAUGAACUCUGUUUCUUUUCUGACUCUGCUCUGGGGAAUCUAAGACUGUGAAUGUGUCACUAUUCCCUGGGGAGUCUGAAGCCUGAGCAUGCGCACCAGUUGCUACCAAUUGUUGCAGAUCGCAAGAGACUUGCCCUUUCUACGUUCUUCUCCAGGGAUCCCCGCCUGAACCAGGGGUCCUGAGAUCCAACCCCCUCCUGAGUGGUGACAGGUUAGGUCGGGUUGGUUGGACUAUCUAGGGCAAUAACCCAUAGAGUUCCCGUCCUCCUCGCCUUUAGCCGUGCAGACUCGGCGCCUCCGCCCUUGUUCCCUGGUCGCUCCCAGCUUCCUAUUGAAAGCUACCGCGAACGCCUUGAAUGAAACGUGUGUGGGUUUAGUGUAUGGUAAAACCACCAGGGGAUCCCGUCUCUCCACAAACCAGAUGCUCUGCUAGAAGGAGGACGAGAGGGAGGCAACCUGGAGUGAAGCCCGCGCAGUGGCUGAGCGACUGGGAGAGGCCGCGCCACCUCCCCUGUCGACCACGCACUGUUCCGCCCGCCUGCAGCGGUUCCAGGCACCACGCUCUCCACCCGGGUUGCGAUGGUGGUGGCAGUGACAAGCUCCUGCAGCCCACAGCACUGUGCACAAAGCAGCAGCGUCCUCUCCUCCCUCUCGCUCCACUCCACGCCUUCUCAGCCCGUGCACUACGCACAGCCGCCGGCGCCAUCCGCUUGUCAACUUUGAGCUGAAGGAGCAGCAACUUUGACAGUGGCCGCGGGUUUUCGAAUCUGGCUUCUCCUUGGCAACAGUCCCUUUGAAAGUCGUCGGAGUUAAACGAAGCAAGAGUUUCUUCUGAGCUCUGGCGUUGCCUUGUUUGCAACGGGUCCCCCCACCCCCCACCCCCGCCAGCCGAGAGUGGGAUUGUGACAGCCAGUCCCCUAGUGGAGGGGACUUGUUUUUCUUUUUCUCUAGAGACCUCUACUAGCGACUGGAUAAGGCAGUACCGAAAGGAUGUAAAUAGCAGAGCAACUGUUACCAAGAAGAGAGCCACCACCCAAAGGCUGGGAGGAGCGCGGGGCUUCCUCCAGGCUGCGCCCAGUCGCAACAUUAGGGAACAAUCAAGUGGUGUUCGCAACUUUUCAAGGUCAGCCUCUUGGAUCUGUUAUUUCCCUGGGAACCUUCGGGUGCACCGAGCUUGGAUUAGAUUUGGCUGGGAAAUGCUCAGAACACGAAACGUGGAAGGAUUGUAAGGAUGUGUUGAUGACACCGUCCUUCCCCAAGCGCCCUGUUCCCUCCCAGCAAUCUUCUGCUCCUAUCCACUACCCAGCGGUGAGUAUGUGACAUGUGCCUAACUCUCUGCACCAAGUUUGGCAGCAGGUGUCGGUGCUAAGCUAGAGCCAGGCUGGUAGGUGCGCCCUCGCCAAGCCAUGCCAGCCCGGGGCGCGCCUCUCUCGCGCACAUCGCGGCUGCUGCUCCUUCUGCUGUUCAAGGUUUCUGUCUCUGCUGCCCUGAGCUUUGUCCCUGAGCCCAGGAAUGGAACUUGUCUCGGGGAGAGCUGUUCCCCACUGAUCCAACGCCGCAGCAGGGAUGCCCGGGGACCUGGGAAUUCGGCAAGAGAUGCUCUGCGAGUCCAUGUGCCCAGAGAGAAACUGGAAGCAGAGGUGAGAGGGGCGACCUCCUGGGACCUCCCACCACCCAGGGGCGGUGACACAGGUGUGAUUGAAGAAGCAGUGGCUGCUGGGCCCUUGGAACCUCCAACCAAGCCACCAAGUGCCUGGAGAUGGAAAAGUGCCCAGGGUAAAGAACCAUCCAGGCAUUUGAGGAGAAGGGACCCCACGGAUCCCCAACUCUUCCUUCAGACAUCUGAGGGGGGAGAGAUGAGUUCCAAGCGCGAUGGGAUUCCCUGGAGCAGCCAGGAGCACAGUGUGAAAACGGAACCCAGAGAUCUUUUUUACUGGCCGCGAAGAACUGGACAACUCCAGGAUUCCCAACACAGGCCUUCAGCGGUACACGAAGGAAGGACCCUUGCUCCUCCAGGCAGGGCACUACCGCAAAACGGGUCUGCAGAUGACUGGGUUCCUGACCAAGGGGGUCCACGCCGUGGAAACACCACUAGCAGGCGCGUGAGACUGAAGAACCCCUUCUACCCAUUGACCCAAGAAUCCUAUGGAGCCUAUGCAGUCAUGUGCUUAUCUGUGGUGAUCUUUGGGACCGGCAUCAUUGGCAACUUGGCAGUGAUGUGCAUCGUGUGUCACAAUUACUACAUGAGGAGCAUCUCCAAUUCUCUCUUGGCCAACCUGGCUUUCUGGGACUUUCUCAUCAUCUUCUUCUGCCUCCCCCUGGUCAUCUUCCAUGAGUUAACUAAGAAAUGGCUUUUGGAAGAUUUCUCCUGCAAGAUCGUGCCCUAUAUUGAGGUGGCUUCUUUGGGUGUCACUACCUUCACCUUAUGUGCACUGUGCAUAGAUCGCUUCCGGGCUGCCACCAACGUCCAGAUGUACUAUGAAAUGAUUGAAAAUUGCUCUUCCACCACUGCCAAACUUGCAGUUAUCUGGGUUGGUGCUCUGCUCUUGGCACUUCCGGAAGUUGUCCUCCGCCAGCUGAGCAAGGAGGAUUUGGGCUUUAGUGGCCAGGCUCCUGCAGAACGGUGUGUCAUAAAGAUCUCUCCCGAUUUACCGGAUACCAUCUAUGUCUUGGCUCUCACCUAUGAUGGUGCAAGGCUCUGGUGGUAUUUUGGUUGCUACUUUUGUCUGCCCACACUUUUCACCAUCACCUGCUCUCUAGUGACCGCUCGGAAGAUCCGCAAAGCAGAGAAGGCCAGUACCCGUGGAAACAAGCGGCAGAUCCAUCUAGAGAGCCAGAUGAACUGCACAGUAGUGGCUCUGACCAUUUUAUAUGGGUUUUGCAUCAUCCCUGAGAAUAUCUGCAACAUCGUCACUGCCUACAUGGCCACGGGCGUCUCUCAGCAGACCAUGGACCUGCUCAACAUCAUCAGCCAGUUCCUUUUGUUCUUCAAGUCCUGUGUCACCCCUGUGCUCCUCUUCUGCCUCUGCAGACCCUUCAGCAGGGCCUUCAUGGAGUGCUGCUGCUGCUGCUGUGAGGAGUGCAUCCAGAAGUCUUCCACUGUGACCAGUGACGACAACGACAACGAGUACACCACAGAACUGGAGCUGUCGCCCUUCAGUACUAUCCGCAGGGAGAUGUCCACCUUUGCUUCUGUGGGGACUCAUUGCUGAAGGAACGGCUUGGUUAGCUUCGAUUUCUUUGAUUUUCAUAUUCUGUGAAAAUUUUUACUCCAUAUUUUUCCUUACAGGGGAAUAAUGCAAACAUUUUGAAAAGCAAGUAGAGGAAGACAUAUUAACUACUCUAGAACUGAUUUUGCAAAUUAAUAUUUGUGCUCUGGGAAAAAAUGUUUCUAUUUAGUUAUGUAAGAAGAAGGCGGCCAACAGUCUCAGAUCAUUUUUCCUGCUAUGGUGCUAAUAUUUUAUUCAAAAGUUAUUGCACCUUAACAAUAUUAAUUGUUUGAUUUUUUUCCUUUCUUUUAAAAACAUAAUCAUUGUAUAUUGAAGGCAGGCCUGGAAUUUUGCUAGUUAUUUUGUGUUUGAGUUGUGAUUGGAAGUGCAUUGUAUUUGAAAUGGUUUGUUUUUUCCAGCCAUGCAACUUAGCACCAAAUAAACUUCCCAUCCUUCUUUAACAUGACUGUCAAUCUACUUUUAACUAAGACUCAAUAAAUUUUUUAAUUGCCUUAA